AAGCAAUUUGUUAUAAGCGGUGUGCAUCUAACUACUAUCAUGUUAUUGUACACAUCUUAGUAUUAUGUUGUUGACUUUUCUAUUAUGGUACAAAAAGACACCCUUACCAAUUUUCUGAAGCUGCCACUGCAUGCUUUUUCUCAUUACCAUUGCCUUGCUUUAGUUAAUUAAUGCGGUCAGGAGCAUUAGUUCCUUAGACUUGCCGCCACCUUUGCAAUAUAAUACACAAGUCAUGCUGCUAAAUCUCUCAUCCGAGAAUCCCUUCCGAAAUGAGAGAUUUAUAACCAAGUGCUGUGAGAUUGUGCAACAUCCCUCGAACAAACUCCAAAGUUGAACAUCCAUUACCUUCAAUUUCCUGCCCAUGAAAGAACUAGGCAUUGCACUUCGCCCUUAUAAAAUAGAGUCUCUCAUCAGCCCAAGACUGAAAUACAUUCCUUACAAAGCCAAAAGGCAUAAAUCACCCAUCAAAUUAUUGCUCCACUUUCUCCCCUUGUCCUACCCUUCUCAACGAAAAUUUACACGGGGUAACGCAAAUUAAUAUUUCAUAACUCUAGUGAGAGGCCCAUCGUAAACAAUGUUGUGGCUUGACUUAGCCAAUUUUACAAGUUUUCUAGGGGGGAGGGGUUUUAGAAAGAGAUGUCUCAAUGCAUUAAAACCAAUCAGUUGAGAUGUACAAAAACAUACUGAUAGCGUCGUUAAAACCUUCAAGCAGGUACGACCUCUAUGGGUGGAGUAUCAUCUUCCUCCUCCACACUCGAUGUGGUGGUCUCGACCUUCUUCUCUUCGUGUUUAAACUCUUGCUUGAAUUUAUUGUAGUUGGUGGCCUCGCUCGCCUUGAACGGCCUCUCCACACUCGCUAAUCAAGUUUUCCUCGAUGACCAUUGACCAUCAUUCUGUCCUUAAUAUUUCCUUCUAGAAUGUUCUUUGGAACUGGAACGUAAUCUGGUCUAUGUUUUCAGUCCUUAAAUUUUAUAUUAUUACUGUCUUAAUCCUUCACAGUGGAUGCUAAAAUUAAGAUAUGAUACUUCAGGGCCCUUCUGGAUUGCACGAUCCUCACUUUCUUUUGGCUGAAAAGAGGGCAAAUAAAUAAUGGUUUCUUCCACUUUUCACAUUCUUAUGGAAUUUAGACCAUAUCACUAAUUCACUAUAUUUCACCAUCUAAUGAUAAAAAAGAAUAUAUGCCGAUAAAAAAUGGGACCUUUAAGAGGUAUCCCCAAAAUUUUUUAUUGGGUCGGAUAUUAUGCCUACCUCGAAAGGGUUGGGUUUUUUACACCCCUUUCUCAUUGGUCAAUUUUUUUAUCAAUCAUUUAGCAAGUAUUAAUGGAAGUAGACAUAAUAAAUAACAUAAUAAUGACAUUUUCUAUUAAUAAAAAAAUUUCUUUAUUACUUGAAAACCAUCCUCUCUAACCUUAGUCGUCUCUCCUCUCCUCCCCCCCCCCCCCUCAUUAUGUCGUCGCCGUCACCACCAUUCCUCAUGUCGUCGUCGUCCUCCACCGCCUUCCACCACCACCAUCACUCUCCUCUCUCCAAUCGCCAUCGUGCUACCUGAUAGACCGAUAAUUACACGUAUUUUCACCCCUAUUCUUGAGCCGUUUGAGAGGUUGAUUCUCAGGUUUUAAGCCGAUUUCACGCGAGGUUGUGUGUUUAUGUCAUAUUUCAGGACCUGGCGUUGGAAUUGAGGCGAAGGAACGAGAUUCGGGUCGAAAGGAGCAAGUGAGGCUUGAAGCGGGCUGAAGGAUGGAAAUACCCAGCCAUAACCAGAAAUACCCGGCCGGGUAUUAUUCUGAGGAGACCGGGGAAUUCCCUUUUUGGCGUCUGAGAAACAGAGGGGGCCCCGGUCGUGAAGCUUAAAUCCCCGACCGGGGAUUAUUGGAGCAGACCGGGGAUUUUUCCCUGGCUUGAAACGUGCGUUUUGAUAAUACCCAGUCGAGACCCAAAAUACCCGACCGGGUAUUUCGACCGGGUAUCGCGACAGGCAGCUGUUUAAGGGAAAAGAGGGCUGAAAAUCAAGGGAUUUGAGUUUUUGAGAGAUAGAACGAUUCCUAGAGAGAGAAAGCGACGAACAAGAGUCUCUAAGUGCCCUAGAUUGAUCUUCAACACCAUUGGAGGCCAGUUUGAGCUUUGAGCAGGAAUCCAUCCUUUACAGUAUGAAUUCCGCGUCUGAUUCUGCUUUUGCUACUUUCUCCAUGGAGUAGUUCUCCCAUUCAUUUGGGUAUGGAGAACCCUAGAUUUGUAUGUUAGGUUUGAUUGUAUGAACCCAAGUACUGAUUCUAUGAUUGAUUAUAUUCGAUUGAGGCUUGAAUGAUUGAAUGACUUGAAUCCUGAUCAAAUUCCUGUUGUUUCUGCUUUAACCUAGAAUGAUAAUAUCUGCCUAGGUUGAUAGAGCAUCCUUGAUUGAAGGUAGGGAGUUGGUGACUUUAGUCGAGGAGCCAACUCACUAUUCUGUACCGGUUUUACUCCGGUAGUGGAGGUUUUGUUCUUAGGGCCUCAAUCUGUCUACUCCGGUGGAGGUUAGUCGCCCGCUAGAGAUUCGGAUUGAGAGGGUCUGAAGACCUUUUUUUUUUUUUUUGAUUAGUGAGGGUCUGAAGACCUUUAGUCGAGACUUCAGGCUGUUUAAGAACCUUCCGCAGUAUAACUUUCAUAGAAACUGAACUUGGUAAUUACAAUCCGACUUAACUAGGUGCUAGACUUAGGUGAACUUAGCCCUACUAGGAUGAGCAUUCAGCUCGCUGACCGUUCCAUUGUGCAUCCUAGGGGUGUCAUAGAGGAUCUGCUUGUUAAUGUUGGUGCAUUCACAUAUCCUGUUGAUUUUGUUAUUCUGGAUGUAAAUGAGGAUGUGGAUGUGCCUUUGAUUCUAGGUAGGCCAUUUCUUGCCACCGCCAAGGCACUUAUUGAUGUGCAUGAUGGUAAACUGAUCUUGCGUGCUGGGAAUGAACAGGCUACUUUUUCUGUGACUGAAUUUGAUCACUGUGCUAUGAUUGCUGUCACCCCUGUGCAUGCUAUGUCUGAUCAGGUACACGAGCCUGUCGUGUAUCCUUCUACACCUCUCAUUUUGCAGGACCCUCCUAUCACUCCUUCGCCGCCACUCCAUCCAGCCUCGCCUCCAAACAAAAAGCUCAAGGAGGAGUGGCGGCCGAAGCAGCAGGUUGCUAAGCCUGCACGGAAGAAGAGUGGAGACCACUAUGAGCUGGUUCCACCCCCUGCACCACGACCACCCUGGCCGUCCGGGUACUCACUCGCCUGCAUCUUGCCAGAUGGCCAGGUCGAGCUGACUGAUGAUGGUGGUCGCAUCCGUCGGGUGCAUGGCCACAACCUUAAGCUGUACCUCAAGAGCAACGUGGAUCCGCUCUUGGAGGCACCUGUUCAUGCACCUCCCUGAGUAUCCACCAUGGGCGUCCAGCUAAAAGACGGUAAAGAAGCGCUUGUGGGGAGGCAACCCCACCUUGGUUUGAUUUUCUUUCUUGUGUUUUGAGUCGGAUUGUAAACCAGUUUGGUUUUGGUUUGUUUUCUUUUGUUUUGGAUGAUGUUUUAUUGGGCUGACCAUUGGACCUAACAUAUUGUGUUUGAGCUCUUUGGUUUCCUUUGGUUGUGCUUGUCUUGACUGGUACUCUCUCCAGUCCGCUUCCAGUCUCCUGCAGUCCGUGCAUACCGGUAACAUCGUUCCCCUUUUCCUUCCCUCUUCUCCAUUGAGGGCAAUGUCGAUCUUAAGUGUGGGGGGUGUUUAUCUUUUGACUGCAUUAGAUCUGUUUGUGUGCUUGGAGCCUAGUCCACUGUCCAAAUUUUUAAAUUUGAGGGCUCCAAGUACGUGUUCCUUGCAAUUGCCUGCUCAGUAUGCUUUGAAUUAACAGUCUUUAUAGUAAUAUGCAACCUAGGGAGGUAGUGUAGCACUAUGGAGGAUGUUGAUGCAUUUAAGAAGUCUCAUUUCUUCUUCAUAUUGUGUUGGUUGAUUAAGUGAAUUAGUGAUUUUAGGACCCUUGAAUUGUGUGAUGUUGUGGAUUCUCUGCCUGUCAUGGACUCUUGUAUCAUGUUUUGAGUUUAACAGGUGCUCAAAAAUGUGCUUCAAAAUAACGUCUCCCGUGCGAAUAGGGCGAAAGUGUGAAAGGGGAGACGGGAAUCCGUUCCCAAUUUCCACCUACUACCUCCAGCCCCCUUACAUGUCUUUCCCCCGCACGAGGCUCGAGACAUCCGCUCCUGGCAUGGCCGGUAAGAGCAGGUUGGGACCCUUGAAAAAAAGUAAAGAAAAAAAUAUCAGAAAACAAGCAAAACAGAAAGAAAAGGGGUUCCAACCAUCUUCAAAGAAAAUAGAGCACCUUGAAAAAUGUGAGUCCAUGAUCCUUUGUUUUUGAGAAUCUCUUCAUCCACAAUUCAUUUGUCUACUGUUCACUGUUUGCCAUGAUGCCGACUCGAUACUAGUGCUCUCGCCGAAGAAGCUAUGAGAUGACUUGUGCGUCGGUUGACCUCGUAAGCUGCUAAAUGAUCUAGGAAGUCCUCUACCUACGAUCUGGGUUGUUUGUUGCUAUAGAGGUCUGGAGAGUUGCAUUGGUUUGAGUUAGGUUUGCUUGGGGACAAGCAAACGGUUAAGUGUGGGGGAGUUUGAUAGACCGAUAAUUACACGUAUUUUCACCCCUAUUCUUGAGCCGUUUGAGAGGUUGAUUCUCAGGUUUUAAGCCGAUUUCACGCGAGGUUGUGUGUUUAUGUUAUAUUUCAGGACCUGGCGUUGGAAUCGAGGCGAAGGAACGAGAUUCGGGUCGAAAGGAGCAAGUGAGGCUUGAAGCGGCUGAAGGAAGGAAAUACCCGGCCAUAACCAGAAAUACCCGGCCGGGUAUUAUUCUGAGGAGACCGGGGAAUUCCCUUUUUGGCGUCUGAGAAACAGAGGGGGCCCCGGUCGUGAAGCUUAAAUCCCCGACCGGGGAUUAUUGGAGCAGACCGGGGAUUUUUCCCUAGCUUGAAACGUGCGUUUUGAUAAUACCCGGUCGAGACCCAAAAUACCCGACCGGGUAUUUCGACCGGGUAUCGCGACAGGCAGCUGUUUUAAGGGAAAAGAGGGCUGAAAAUCAAGGGAUUCGAGUUUUUGAGAGAUAGAACGAUUCCUAGAGAGAGAAAGCGACGAACAAGAGUCUCCAAGUGCCCUAGAUUGAUCUUCAACACCAUUGGAGGCCAGUUUGAGCUUGGAGAAGUGCCGAUCAACAUCCAGGAGCAGGAAUCCAUCCUUCACAGUAUGAAUUCCGCGUCUGAUUAUGCUUUUGCUACUUUCUCCAUGGAGUAGUUCUCCCAUUCAUCUGGGUAUGGAGAACCCUAGAUUUGUAUGUUAGGUUUGAUUGUAUGAACCCAAGUACUGAUUCUAUGAUUGAUUAUAUUCGAUUGCGGUUUGAAUUAUUGAAUGACUUGAAUCCUGAUCAAAUUCCUGUUGUUUCUGCUUUAACCUAGAAUGAGAAUAUCUGCCUAGGUUGAUAGAGCAUCCUUGAUUGAAGGUAGGGAGUUGGUGACUUUAGUCGAGGAGCCAACUCACUAUUAUGUACCGGUUUUACUCCGGUAGUGGAGGUUUUGUUCUUAGGGCCUCAAUCUGUCUACUCCGGUGGAGGUUAGUCGCCCGCUAGAGAUUCGGAUUGAGAGGGUCUGAAGACCUUUAGUCGAGACUUCAGGCUGUUUAAGAACCUUCCGCAGUAUAACUUUCAUAGAAACUGAACUUGGUAAUUACAAUCCGACUUAACUGCAGUCUAGGGGGAACCAUAUCCGGGUGACCUCUCUUAACCUGAAUACAACAGUUUACUUGCUUUGUUUGUUUGGUAGUUUAGACUUGCAUUCCAGUUUCAUUGCUAGAUAACAAGAAUUCACUGAGUAGUCAUCAAAUCUAGGACCCGGGUUGAUAAUUAAAUCUAAACCCGCUAUAUUACGCUUUAGGAAGUGGUUACACUUGGCCAAUUCCUGGAGUGACAGUAGAAGUGAGUCACUAUCGUCACCAACCUCCAGCAUCGUUGCCACCAUCCCUAUCGUUACAUCGCCCUCCUCCCCCAUGAUCCUCUCUCAGUGUUUUCAAUUUUCAUAUUUGACUUUUCGAUUUCCAGUUCUGAUUUUUUACCACUGCACAGAUAUUUGUACCACUGCAAUUUAAACUCAGAGCUGAGAUUUGUACCAGGCACUGGUAUCGAUAUCAGUGCACUGGUACAAAUCUCAUAUCUGAGUUUAAAUUGCAGUGGUACAACGUAUUAGUGCAGUGUUAUAAAAAUUUUUAUGUAGUGGUACAUUUUUGUAAUUACCCGAAGGGAGUCUGUCGGCGGGAUUUUAACCGGAAAAGUGUGGCGGUCGGAGUAAGCCGGGUGGUCGGAGGCUACUGGAAAAGGAAGGAUCAGAGAUAGGAGAGAGAAUUGUAUUUUGUGUAGGUUUAGAUAUAAAAAAUGCAAGUAAUUAAUGUGGUGUAUUUAAUUCUUAAUUUGUAUUUAAUAAGAAUAUUAAGUUUCACAAAUUGUAUUAAAUACCAGGGGUGUCAUUUUUCCAACCCUUAGAGGGAUUAGCAAGCUAACCGAUCCCUUCUUUAUCUAUAAAUCAAGUGGGCAGCAAUACCAAUCAAAUCAAAAUAAUAUCAAUUAGCAAGAAUGUCACUAGGCGAGUUAAACACAUGAACUCCUAUUAUGUAAUUGUGGUAUGUUGAAGCUAAAAAAAAGUAGGCGGCAAAAUUCUCAUCUCUAUACACAUGCUCGAGCAUGCCAAGGUAUAAGUAGUAGACACUUAAUCUUCAUAAUCUUGGUGAGGUGUGGGUGUUGUAGCAUUGCAAACUUGAUUAGCUACUUGCUACGGAUGAAUCCGUCUGUGGAAAGCUUCCUAUUUUCUUGCUCCCAAGCAAUCUUAAGACUAUACACAAUUCUAGCUAGCUUUGCUUGUAUGAUCGAACCUCCACAAGGUUCAUAGUGAAAGCUCAAAUAAAACAAUAAUCUUCUUGUUUACACCUAAAAUAAUUUCGCGGCGGCGCGAGAUCAACGGUGCCGCGAUGGUGAGCGUUACCGCGAGAUCAGCGGCGUUGUGAGUUUGACAAUCUCGAUGAGCUAAAAUUCAACUUGUGAAUUUGACAGUGAUGCGAGCCCAACGACAUCGCGAUGGGUAACAACACCGAUCGCAGCGAUGUCGCGAGGUUAGCUAGGCAAUGCAGUCCGACAAUGUCGUGGAGUCAAAACAACGAAGUUGUUUAAUUAGCAGCAUCGUCGCGGGUCUUGCAACGACGUAGUUUCAAUUAAUAAUGGGAUUUUUUUAAUAAUUUUGUGGCUCAAAUCCAUGACGAUAUUGCAGCCAUGAAACAACAACGUCGCGGUUCAAACUGCGAUACUGAUCCCUGACUUAGGUACUUUUCUGUGCACGUGUAUCUCAAGUGGAUAGAAGUGGAGAUUGGAGAUGCAGUGCGAUUGAAGUUUACAAUGUUGUAGCGAAGGUGGUUCCUUUCACAUGAGAUUCACGCCAACCAGAGGGAAGAGGAUAUCAAGGAAGUUGAGACACAUGGGAGUUCAGGACGGAGUAGUUUCACGGAGCGUGAAGACUACGAAGAUGAUUUUAGAUAAAAUCAUCGGAGCAAG